UCUCGUUCUCUUGUUCCAAAAACUAGCGAACUCGUUCUCUCGUUUACCAGGUUUCUCCAGGGUUUGUGGAGGAAGCUCGGCUGCGGCCAGGUCGAGGAGCUCAUCGAGGAGGCGCGCGACGAGCUCACUCUCAUCGGCAAGAUGAUCGAGUGGGAUCUAUGGGGUGUUCCUGAUGAUUACGAAUGUGAGGUGAUCGAGAACGAUGCUCCAGUUCCCAAACAUGUUCCUCUGCACCGACCUGGUCCUCUUCCUGAGGAGUUUUACAAAACGCUGGAAGGACUUACUACAAACCAACCAAAGUUGGAUGAGGCUAAAGUCACCUCUAUUGGUUCAGAAGCAAAGGAGUAAACCAUCCAUCGGCAUAUGCUUCUAGGUACUCUGGAUUCCAGAUUUGAAUUGAAGUCUUUUUUCUUGUAUUCUCUCCUGUUUAUUGCUGGUGACAAUGCCUGUUUGCUGGGCUGUAUAAAUUUUAAUCAUGGGAGGAACGCUUGAAUUUUUCGAUUUCUGCACUUGAUACCAUUUUGAUGUUGUUUACUUAAGUUCCGUCCUUGAUUCCCAUUGAGAAUGAAUAAUGUAACACAGUUUUAGCU